CAAUGUAUGCUUCCCCAGAGGUGACUAAACUCUGAUCAUUGCCGAUGGGCAGGCACUCCCCAAAUGUCCAGGGACAACAAAGAUACCCAGAGUGUCUUUCAUAGCUACCAACGAUUAAAUAGCAAGUAUUGCAUUCCUAGGCAUUGCUAACUAGUGAAGUAUACCAGAUGGAAAUGUCUUUGAAGCUGUCCCUUUAAAACUCGAGCAAGCUACCAGGCAAACUCCGCCUCCAGGGAGGUUCCUUAUUAAAUAGGAGCCAACUGGCUGGGUCGGGGCUCAAUACCCCAAGCAAUAUCUGCAACUGAAGAUUCUUCCCGGGGAGACCGCAGCCCAUCGGCAUGGCUCAAGAGUUUGUGAAGGGCAAAAUCCAGCCUGGGAAGGUGGUUGUGUUCAUCAAGCCCACCUGCCCAUACUGCAGGAGGGCCCAAGAGAUCCUCAGUCAAUUGCCUAUCAAACAAGGGCUUCUGGAAUUUGUCGAUAUCACAGCCACCAACCACACUAACGAGAUUCAAGAUUAUUUGCAGCAGCUCACGGGAGCAAGAACGGUUCCUCGAGUCUUUAUCGGUAAAGAUUGUAUAGGCGGAUGCAGUGAUCUAGUCUCUAUGCAACAGAGUGGGGAACUGCUGACGCGGCUAAAGCAGAUUGGAGCUCUGCAGUAACCACAGGGUGCUUGACCAGAUUCUCUAAUCAAGGUCUCAGGCUCCAGAACUGAGCUCCACGGGGACGAAUCUAGCUGUGCUUGUGAUGGGAGCCAUCUGGUGGCCAAAGGCUGAAGACUACUCACAGAGGGCUUCCCUGCCAGCAUCCCAAGCAAGGCUCUAGGCCUGUAGAAAAAAUUUUGCUAUUUCUUCAAGCGCCUCCAGCUAGAAGAACCCUGCUGGAUCUGUUCCAACCUAGAGCUGCCACAGAUGUUUGGUUCCUGGUCAAAGAUAGUCCUUGGUCAGUAAAUUUGUAAAUGAAUCCUAUAGUCCACUGGGCAUUCUAAACAUCUCAAGACAAGUUUUCAGAGAAGUCAGUUUGAGGAGUUUCUGACUUUAGCAGAAGUCAGAAGGAGGCCUUUACAAAUCCCACAUCCUCUGGGCCAAAAAGAAGACCAAAAAAAGUCUCAGAAUAUUGAAAGUCCUUAAAAGUGACCCAAUCAGAAGUCACAGCCAUCAAAGCAGUUGCACAACCCUCCUCUUCUUGUGGAUGAGACAGCGCUUCAAGUAACAAUCUGCCCCAAUCUCUAGAAUUAGAGUAGCCAUGGGUACCACAAGACACCUUCAUUUCUGGGUGCCUACAGUGAUCCCCACGCUGUAGGUGCUGGCUGGGACAUGUGAACUUGUGCCAGCAUUGGAGAUCCAUAAAAGGCACCCAAUUACUGCACCUCCACUUGAACUGAAUGAAAAUUCGUUGUUGUUCCAGCACCACCUCUAACUGCUUAGUACAUUCCACGAUGUCAACUAAUAAAUCUUAAAUGAAAAUAGGUUUCGCAGAAUGCAAUUUAACAAAAUGGGUGGCAAGAAACAAUUAUGAGAUACUAUCAACAUUUGUAUUGCUAACCUGGGCAGCAGGAGUCUGUGUACAGGUAUUCUAAAAACGACAAGAAAGUCUCUUUGGAAACACCAUAAACGGGAAUCAGGACACUCUUUGCUUCCAUGUAAUUACCAUUAAACAUGGCUGCCAUCACUUCACAACGGGCCACCAGGAUGGCCCUGUGGGCUGGCACUGUCGUACCUGAAAGGUUCAAAAGGGAAACAAGAAACAAGUGAGAUAAACCCGCAGGGUUAUUCCAGCAAUUUUCCUUCUAAUUAGACUACUACAUUAGGGACAGCUAGGCUGAUAUGCAGAAUCUAAAUUUGGGAGUGAUAACUACCAUUAAUCCAGAAACUUCUUAAUUUUAAAGGGAGCAGUAAAGAAAGUUCAGAUGUUGACCUUGAAACCAACAAUUUACAAGUCAGACAACUAUUUGUCACUUGUUUUGUAUUUCCAGAAAUAGAAACACUGAAAUGAAAUAUUUUGCUUCAUAUUUUUAUAAUGAAACAUCAAUCCUUUCCAAUUGGCUUGAAAUACUAAUAAUACUACCCGUGCCCAUGUGCUUCACAAGAAAACAACCCCAUUACCCUUCUGGGCCUGACUCACAGAACUGUCUUGGCCAUGCUUCCCCUUAUCUGAAACAGGGAAACUGUAAGAAGUAAACCAUAAGCAGUCCAUACACCACAGCAGGAAUAGCAAGAGGAUCUCUCGUGGAGCCGAGGACAGCAUUUCAGACUUAAUGAAAAUCUGGAAGAGGAUGACCUUAAUCCCUGCAGUCUCCCCAGCACACUACUUCCCCAGGCAACCAUUCUGUCUCACAGGAACAAUGCCUGCUGCUGGGAGAGCCAGCGCUACGUUGAAUUUUGAGGGCCCUCUCAGCCCAUAUUGCUCACUGAACACACUGAACUGAACUGACACUCUAGGAAAAUCUUGCUAGGCUUUCUAGCUACUGCUGCACCACACAAAGGCAGCGCUGGAUAGGGCCACAGGUGGCCAGUGCUCUCCACUUCCACCACCUUACGAAACCACAAGUACACACUGCCAGUCUUCAGUUCAGCCUGGAUCACUUCAACAGAUUAUUACUAGGCAUCAGCAUGUGCCAAUCAUUGCAUUUGGAACUGAAGAUACAAAGAGGAGGAAGACAAAGCUACCUCUGCUUUGGAGCAGUUUUUACUUUCGUCGAAGACACCACAGCCAGUGUGGGUGACAAAGCUGUCGCAUUCCAGAAAGUAACUCUCCAACCAAACCAAACCACUCAGCCCUGCCCAAGAGUUUACCUACAUAUCUCUAAAAUCUAGUACUUAUCAGGGUUAUAUAGUCUUCUCUAAAGCAUUCACAAUUAUUGGGUUCUUCAUCCCUUUUAAAUCCAAGCAAACCAUCUCCUGACUCACGAAAGAAGAAAAAGAGUUACAUCUAAGCCCAGCGGCUUUUUCCAAAGCCAAUAAUCACUCAGGAUCUACAAGCAACACCUGGCACUGCCAGCUUUGAGUCUACUGCUUGGCACUGCGAUUUGUACAGCUACAACUACCCGAGGAGCAGGGAAGUAACUUGUGAAGCCCUCCCACCCAGUCAACACUCACCUCCCGGCAGGCACACUCCCCUCCUCGCCUCACUGUGACAGUGUCCCUCCACCGGGAAGGACCAGUUUCCAUAAUUAAAGCAUGUUGGCUAUAUCUGUAUGCAGCAGUUAAUAAAGAAUACAAACAGGUAA